AUGAGUGUGAGUGGAAUCUGUCUUACUAGACAAACGAGUCUGUGGACACAGAAGAACACAGAAGAACCUAAGCGGACAACACGAAUUUCAAACAUGGUGGAUGUAAAAGGACUAGUUUUUAUCUUCUUAACUCUUCUGAUGGAGAGAUCCGGAGCGUUGAAGCCAGAUGGCGGGUAUUGCAUCGAGAACCAGUGUUUCACGGUGUUUCAAGAUCCCAGCGAUUACCCGACCUCGCGGGACCAAUGUAGGGAUCUUGGCGGACACUUGAUGACAGUGCGCUCGCCUGUAUCGCAUGAUAUCCUUUCAAACUUGUUGGGAAAGUCUAAAGGGCGAUUCUGGAUCGGUUUGCAUCUACCAACAGGCUGUCCAGACCUUACUACCGAGCUUCGAGGUUUCCAGUGGGUGACCAAAGACAGCGAAAGUGAGUUUUCUGACUGGGUACCGGAUUUUGACAGCAGCUGCUCUUCUCUCCGCUGCGUCUCAGUUUCCCAGGAGGAAGACUUCAAAUGGAUGCAGGAACCAUGUGAUGCGCACGGGGCAGGGUUUCUCUGUGAGCACACCGUGAAAGAGCCAUGCAAGAGUUUAGCAGUCACGGACAAAGACACUGUCAUCUACAACAGCUCCUUGGGGUUUCAGGCAGAGAAUUUGCCGUCUGCUCCUCCAGGAAGCAUCGCCAUCCGGAUGCCCGCAGAGACCAAAUACGUGUGUUUCUCCGAGCAGUGGGUGCAGGCUCCCUGGAGCUGCGAGAUACAAGACGGGGGAUGUGAGUACAAAUGCUCAGUGAACUCCGAAAAAGAGCCCACCUGCUACUGCCCACCGGGACACACCAUCAACCCUGCAAACGGAGUCACCUGCGAAGUGUCUGCAGAAGACCCGUGCCUGAACCUGCACUGUAUGCACGCCUGCUCCCAGGAGGGGGACAUCCACAAAUGCGUGUGUCACCAUGGUUAUAAAUUGGCGCCCGACGGCCGAUCGUGCGUGGACUUUGACGAUUGCAAAGACGAGCGGCAGUGUCCCGGAGAGAACUUCAAGUGCGUGAACACCCCCGGCGAUUUCCAGUGCGUCUGCAAGGAUGGAUACAAGCUGACUGGCGGCGCUUGCGUGGACGUUGACGAGUGUGUGUCCGCUCCGUGUGAGCACUUGUGCGCCAACUCGCCCGGUAACUACACGUGCUCUUGUUAUGAUGGGUAUAAGGAGGACCCGGAGGAGCCGCACAAGUGCAAACUUUACUGCGGGAAGGAGGAAUGCGAUGCCGAGUGCGACCCAAACAACAUGUACCAGUGCUACUGCCCUGACGGCUAUAUAGCUGAGGAAAGAGGGGACAAGACGGUCUGCAUCGACAUUGACGAGUGUGUUUUCUUCUAUUGUGAUCAAGAAUGUGAGAAUACGUUCGGCAGCUACGUUUGCGGAUGCUCUCGUGGUUUCACACUCGAAGGGAAGUACAAGUGCGUAAAAAACGAGGAUGAUACAGACGAGGAUGGCUCUGGUACCGGUGCCACGACCCCACCUUCAAUACCACCUGUGACCUAUCCAAAUCCGACCAAGCGACCUUCAGGGUUGUCACCGGGAGGUCUCGCAGGGAUUAUAAUUUGCAUUGCGAUAUUUAUAGUGUUGGUGGUGUUCCUGGCGCAUCACAUCCUUUGUGGCAGAGACAAGAGGAAGAGCGCCAAUGAGGGACCCAUGGUGCUGAGCACGUGA